AUGAAUGAAAAAACAGGACAUAAUAUAGCAGAAGAUUAUGACGGAACGGAAGAUGCUCCGAGUGAAGAGCCAAUUGAAAGGGAAUCAGAUCGACGAGAUUCACCUCCACCAUAUAGGAUUCCACCACCGCCAGGAUUAGAAAAUAAAUUCAAGAUUCAAGAAGAAGAUGCUAUUUUGUUACACUCAUUUGCUCAGGAAGGCGCAGGAGGUGAAGGCGAUGGCGACUAUAAUGGCAAGAGCAGCACGAGUAAUAAUAUGGACCUUCGAGAUGAUAUUCGUUCUACCGAUGCAAUCACACCGCCUCCGGUCAAUGUAAGUAAGAAGAAAAAACGCAAGAAUAAGAAGAAAAUGAAAAUGGAUAUCAGCCAUAGAAUAGAAAAUCUGCUCCUGGAGAAUUACAACAACAACAACAACAACAACAACAACAACAACAACAACAACAACACCAACAGCCACGACAACAACCACCACGACAAUGAAUAUAACGAGUACAACAAGUAUAAUGAGCAUGACGCAGCACAGGCAGAGUACCAAUCGCGCAAUCCCCUGGAUUUCUACGAAGGUCAACUCUUGAUGCAUACAUACUACACCUUGCCACCGUCGCUGCAGAAAUUCUGGACGAGGCGAUACGAGCUAUUCACGCGAUACGACGAAGGGAUAUACUUAUCGGAAGAACUAUGGUAUAGCGUUACCCCUGAGUUGAUAGCCAAGUACAUUGCCCAGUUGUUUGUCAAGCUUCUACCCCCAGAAGCGCAAUUUGGCUUGGAUGUAUGCUGCGGUGGCGGAGGCAACACCAUUCAGUUUGCGCGCUAUUUCGAUUGCGUGGGCGGGGUAGAUAUCAAUGGCACUAAUUUGUACUGCACGCGACAUAAUUGCCGAGUCUAUGGUGUCGAGGAUAAAGUAUGGACCUUGAGCGCCGAUUGGGCCGAAAUCACGAGACCGGGCAAAGAUGGCCUGGUGAAUUUUGAUUGGAUCCCCGAGCAUGUGUUGGCGGAAAGAACAAGAAUGCGGAAACUGGAGGGGGCUGGUGGUGAGGGCGGUGAUAAAGUAUUUGACUUUAUAUUCAGCUCUCCUCCUUGGGGAGGUACAGAUUACAACAGGAGUGAAUUUGAUCUAUAUGAAAUGCAGCCUUUUAAUAUCUUGGCCUUGUUGCAAACGAUGAAACCUUAUGCUCACAACAUUGGAUUGUUUUUACCCAAGCUGUGUAAUCUUUUGCAGUUGAGUAUUGCUACCAGGGAAGUCUAUGGCGACUUCAAAAAAUGCCGGGCAAUCUAUAUCAAGUCCAAGGGUAGAACUGUGGCUUUGAUGGCGUUGUUUGGCGACCAAUUCACAGCCAAGUUCGACGAGUUGGAUGAUAUCAGCGAAGAGGCCAUGGCGAGGGGAAUCGAUGAUCAAGAUGUAGUGGGUGAGGGCGAGGGCGAGGGCAAGGAAGAAGACUACAUUGAUGAUGAAGGGAAGGGAGACCAAGAAUUGCAUUAA